UGUUCAUACACUUUUCGAAUUUACAAAAGUGGAUCGGAGGGACCUGUCUUACUGCUCCUGCACGGUGGAGGCCAUUCUGCUCUUUCCUGGGCUGUCUUUACUUCUGCAAUCAUUAGCAGGAUUCAGUGUAGGAUUGUGGCUUUAGAUCUCCGGGGCCAUGGAGAAACAAAAGUUAGGAAUCCUGAAGAUCUGUCUGCAGAGACGAUGUCAAAAGACGUCGGAAACGUGGUUGAAGCUCUGUACGGGGACCUUCCUCCCCCCAUCAUGCUUAUCGGGCACAGCAUGGGUGGUGCCAUCGCGGUGCACACGGCGGUCGCAAACUUGGUGCCAAGCUUGCUGGGGCUGUGCAUGAUAGAUGUUGUGGAAGGUACAGCCAUGGAUGCGUUGAACAGCAUGCAGAACUUCUUACGGAGUCGUCCCAAAACAUUCAAGUCCCUUGAGAACGCAAUUGAGUGGAGUGUUAAAAGUGGACAAAUAAGAAAUCUUGAAUCUGCCAGAGUUUCUAUGGUCGGUCAAGUCAAACAGUGCGAGGGAGCUGCUAGUCCUGAAUGUCCUAAAGCCAUCGUGGAGGGCAUUAUUGAAGAGGAGGAGGAGGAGGAAGAGGAUGAUGAAGGGGGUGGCUCUGUCAACAAAAGGAAGAAGGAAGAUGACACAGAGACCAAGAAGGAGCACUUAUACACGUGGCGAAUUGAACUGGCGAAAACAGAAAAGUACUGGGAUGGCUGGUUCAGGGGGUUAUCUAACCUCUUCCUAAGCUGUCCAACUCCAAAGCUUUUGCUCUUAGCUGGUGUUGACAGGCUGGAUAAAGAUCUAACCAUCGGACAGAUGCAAGGGAAGUUCCAGAUGCAAGUCCUUCCCCAGUGCGGCCACGCAGUCCACGAAGAUGCUCCAGACAAGGUUGCUGAAGCCGUCGCGACGUUCCUGAUCCGUCACAGGUUUACAGAGCCCAUCGGUGGAUUCCAGUGCGUGUUUCCUGCUUGUUAAUACCCCGGUGUUCUCCAGCACUGAGUCAUGUUGUAAAUAAACUGCACCAGAGGCCACUGUGAUGUAGUCCAUCUCUCUUCAUCUCUCCGGUUCAGCAGCAGCGAGAAGCUGGUGUGAGAUUCGUCCCUUAGAAGUAGUUCUCCCGAAUGUGUAAGCGCUUAGGGACUUCCUUGCUGGGAAGCAGCUCGUGUUGAAGACCGUGAAAAGCUCUUCAGACCCUCGGAAGUGGGCUCCUCUCUCAGGAAAGACCUUCUGAAAUCCCAACUCAGCCGAUCACUCCCAUCUCCAUCAGUUCCCAGGCUUCCUCGGACCCGGCUGCGAAGGGGCUGUCGGCAGCCCAGACCCGCCGAGGCCAUCGCGGCGUAUCCAAAGGCUUCGGCAUUUCUCCGUGGAAUCGUCUGGUCGUCUUUGAAGUGCCCCUUAGGUUUGGUUUUGUUUUUUUUUUUAAUGCAUAAAUCGUUUCCCUCCAAAGCAGAGGAGGAAUUGGCUUUGUUGGGAGAUCGAGUCUCCUCUCCCCGGCGUCAGCCUUAAGCUGUGGCAGGAGCCUGACGCUACUUCCCCGUGCCGGUUCGGACGGGACUGUGAACCAAGAAGGUGAGGGGGGACCGUGAGCUCCGUUCCGGAGUCUCGCAGCUCUGUUAACGUUCGUUUUUGAGUUCUCACUGAGAAAAAUAGCCCGAAUCGCAGGCACUUUGCCUAUUUGGCUGCUCUCUGCCUCCGGAAUGUGUUUAUGCUUCCCUUUGUGUAGCUGCUACACAUGACUGAGCAGAGAUCGGCGGCUUUGGGAUGA